GGAGCUGAAUGGGACCGGAGCAGAGAUCUGAGCAUUACCAGUCAUUUCCAGUACAGACGGAGCUGUGGGGAAACUGGAGAGUGGAAGGAUGGCGCAGCUGUGGCUCCUCGUUUUUCUCUGUUUGGGUUUGAUGGCAUUGCUGCAGGACGCAUCAGCAAUCAAGAAAGGAACGAGCGUCAAGAAACCCACCUCCACUAAAACCUCUUCAUCCUCAUCCUCAUCAUCCUCAUCAAAUAAGCCUCAACAAGGGACCAAGACCCAGGCCAGGCAGCCCAGCCCGAAGACCCCUGUGGCCCGUAACCCCGGAGGAAGCUACCCUAACCAACCGUACCCUGCAGGUGGAACCUAUCCAGGACAAGGGGGCUCUAACCCAGGACGGCAUCCCAAUCCGUACCCAGGAGGUGGGAGUUAUCCUGCAGGGGGGAGUUACCCGAGUGGAGGUCAGAAUCCAGCACGAGGGGGCAGUAGUCCAGGAGGGUAUCCCAACCAGAACCCUGCCGGUGGUGUCUACCCACCUGCUGGUGGCAACCCUAACCAGAACCCUGCCGGUGGUGUCUACCCACCUGCUGGUGGGAAACCAAACCAGUACCCUGCCGGUGGUGUCUACCCACCUGCUGGUGGCAACCCUAACCAGAACCCUGCCGGUGGUGUCUACCCACCUGCUGGUGGCAACCCUAACCAGAACCCUGCCGGUGGUGUCUACCCACCUGCUGGUGGGAAACCAAACCAGUACCCUGCCGGUGGUGUCUACCCACCUGCUGGUGGCAACCCUAACCAGAACCCUGCCGGUGGUGUCUACCCACCUGCUGGUGGCAACCCUAACCAGAACCCUGCCGGUGGUGUCUACCCACCUGCUGGUGGGAAACCAAACCAGUACCCUGCCGGUGGUGUCUACCCACCUGCUGGUGGCAACCCUAACCAGUACCCAUCUGGAGGUCAGAAUCCUGGAAGGGGGGGUGUAAAUCCUAACCAGGGAGGAUAUCCUAACCAGUAUCCAGCAGGGGGUGGCUACCCAGUCCAGAACCCAGGAAGAGUCAACCCCGGAGGAUACCCAGCAGCCGGUGGCUACCCGGUGAGGACAGGAGGUCAGCCAGGAGGAUACCCGGGGGGUUACCCAUCCAUGGGAGGAUCCUAUCCCAACUGGAAUCCCAACAAUAAGAUCCUUAGCCCUCGCUACGGUGGUGGAUUCGGUGGUGGUCCUGGGUACGGGAUCGGUGGCUCCCCCUUUUCACAUUCGGUAAAGAACAUGGGCUACGUUCCGUCUGCGAAGUCCAAGGGCUUUGCCAAAAAAGCCAUACUGGCAGCAGGAGUCGGGGCAGUGGCAGGAAUGGCUGUAGGAUACGGCAUAGGUCGGUUUCCACGUCCACACUUCCAAUUCAACAGUCCACAAGAGGAGCACUACUACAACCACUACAUGCAGCGUCGCUACGGCGACAAAUCCACCGACCAAAACGACUACGGGAGGGACUACGCCUUCAAACCCCCGUCCAAGGCGCAGUCCUAUGAGAAGUACAUGGACUCCUGCAUGAACAGAACGGACCUCCUGCACGAGCGCGACACGAGAGUCAGCGCCGCAGAGAAACCCGGCACCGAGCGCAACGGCACCGGAACCGACCCCGAAGUCGCGGUGAGCGCUGGCGUCCAGGAGGCGAAGGAUGACGCGGUGAGCGUCACAGAGAUCGGCUACCCCGCCCUAAUCCAGCAGAUGAAGGCUCGGAGGUGCGUGGAGUUGUACAUGGUGUACUCCGAGGGCUUCCUGCAGAAACAGACGGGCGAGGCACCUCACGGCGGUCACGACCCGGCAAAGGCACCUCACAGCGGUCACGACCCGGCGGGGCGUCCUGGGCUGCCCGUCCUGCUCAGCGCCGCCAGCAUGGCGCUCGUUAGCAUCCUGUCGCUGCAGUAACGGAGAGAAUGUGAUGCUGCCUGGAAUGCCUGGAAUUCACCCUGCGUAACCUGUAUCCAAUCCAACUUUCUAUUAAGAGAUCGAACAGUCGAGGGUUAAGGGCCUCACCCCAGGGGCCCGUCAUGAGUGAUUUGUACUAAGUUUGGGAGCCUGAACCACAUAUAACCACGUGAUUACUGCAUGUUUUAGCCGAAGAGGAACCUGAAGCGCCGUUUCUUCUCCGCCACAUAUCGUCACCCGCGUCCUCACCGACCCCCCGCUCACGAUCCGUCUCCAGAAUCUUAUGCCUCGUUCACACUACACAAUAAGUGCCCUGGUUUUCCCUCACCGAGGCAAAUCGGCGUCACUCAGGGCUCAGAAAUCGGCUCUCGAUCCGCUCGCAGACUCAGGAAAAAAUAUCUAGCGGGCUAAAUAUCCGGACCUGUCGGCCUUCGAGCUCCAGCCAAUCAGAACGCAAGAAAUAAAGGAGCUUAUAAUCGUCAACAAGCAUAAACGGCGACAGUAAUAAAGUUUGUAUUAGAAUAUAUCAGCACACACACACACGAGUUUUACUUUAUUUGUAACCUUAUCGUCCACACCAAACCAUCGUACGCUUUCAUUAUAAUAAUAUUUAUUUAUUUAAUUUACUCUCUGCAGAACAGAGCAGCGACCCCUGCUGGCCGUGCUUCACCCCGACCUUUUUCGCUGCAUAUCAGCGCAUUAAGAGCUCGGAUCUCUCGCUUCUUCCUGCGGUGUCAUGAAACCUCUCGUCACUUCUCAGGUGUGUUUUUGGGAGAGCGGACAGACCCGUCUGUGAUUCCUCCAGGUGAUAGAUGGUGUAGUGUAGUGUGUGCCCCCCCCCCCCCCCCAUCACCCAUCAGUCGUGUAGUGUGAACGUAGCAUAAGCUGGAACACAAGCGCAGCUUCGUUUCUAACGGCGUGAUGUAUAGCUCUACUAACUAACAGCCUGAUGCUCGAUAUUAAGCGUAUUAAUGUAUUAAUGCUCCUUCAUACACAUCUGUGCACAUCUGGAAAACAUCUUUACACCUCUGUCCUUUUAAUCAUGUAUACAUGAUACAGAAAUGUAAAUAAAGAAAAAAAAUAGAAAUAAAAA